AUGUUUUAAUCAUCUUAGUUUAGUGACUAAAAAAACUAAUCUGGGUUUAAGCAAGGAAUAAAUUAUAAUGAAUAAGUUACACAUAUGAAUAUCAGGAUGAUGAAGUAGCUUAAAGUAUCUUUCAAUGAUAAAAAUGAAAUUCUUUACAAUAAUAAAUAAAUAACAUUAAUUAAAUUAUUAGCUAGAAAAGAAGACACUUAUGAAAAAGAUGGCAAAGGCAUUAUAGUAAUUAAUGAUGAUAGUGGAUAAGAAAAGCUUAUUGUUAUGUUUUAAGAAGGUGAUUAUAUAAAAGACAUGUUUUAAAUUGUUUAAACAGAAGACAAAAAAACUUCUUAUUUUAACUUCCUGCUAAGAGUCAGAAAUAACAGAGAUACUAUUAAUUAUGAUAUUAUGAAUAUAGCUAAAAUAAACUAAUCAGGGCAAAUCAUCUCACAUCUAUAAAAUAUUAUCCAUUAAGAUUGUAAAUAAAAUUAAAUGAGAUCUUCGAACUUCAAAUAAACUUAGAUCAAAAUUGAUGAAGAAGAGGAAUAGUUCUAAUAAACCUAAAUAACUUUGGCAGAUAAAGUAAUAUAUUAUACUAUUCUAGAUUUUAAACUAUAUCAAAACUAUAACAUAAUAAUAAGGUAGCGUAUCUAUUGCUAGACAAAGUAUUUUUAAUGAAUUUUCUAAAAUUGAAAAUUUACAAGAAAUUAAGUAUUUAAUUCACCAUAUAAAAGAAAAUCUAUUAAGGAAUUAUUAGAUAAUGGCAAUAUCUUAUUAGGAUAAGGAGGUGAAAAUACUUUUAUGUUAGCUGAUUGA